AUGGGUUUCAUCGAGAAGUUGCAAGCAAAGAUCGAGCUCUACCGGCUAGAGCAGCGCUAUGCUCGUCGCAAACACCGCAGCACCUUUUCAGGGGUUCCCUACGUCGACGGGGAAUACGUCUACGUCGGCGGAUCCAACUCCUCGUCAGGGACCGUCUCCAAGCACUCGACAGGCAGCUACUGGAAAGCCUCUACGUGGGGAUCGUCUGGCGACUCGCGCUGGCGGUAA